CUAUAGUCCCGCCCAUUCAUACAACAUAAUCGAAACAGAAACUACCACAAGUAACCUACCUGUCUAGUAGGAAAAGUCUUAGAAAACCACGAUGGAAAUCAUUAAAAAACAUAAAGUGGAACUCACAGGGGUGCUCUCUGCUGAUCCGAGUCCAGUAGUUCAGCUCGCUCACAGCCGGGGCAUCAUUACAGAUAGAGAAUACAUCAAGAUGAAAAGCAUUACAGAUCCUGAAGAGCGAGUCAUCGAGCUCCUUGACCGGGUGAGCACAAAAUCUGAUCAGACCUCCCAAGACUUUCUAGACAUCCUAAGAGAGGUUCAUGACACCUACCCUCGACUGAAGGACUUGUUCACAGAUGCUGAAGAAUCGGAUAGCUCAUUCUCUGCAGCGGCUCAGGAUACCCCAAUUGGCAAUUAUUGUAGAGUAGUGUCAGAUGCGGAAAAGAUCAAGAAAGCAGAUUCCAUCGUGCGAGAUAAAUUACAGUUUUUCAAGACCAACAGAGCAGACCUUGUUCAAAAGGUGAAAAACAUCAGCCUGUUAAUAGAUCGGCUUCACCAAACCUUUCACAAAGAAGCCCUGGACUGCGUUCUUAGUAAAGAUUUACCACAGGAUAAGAUGAGAAAACUGCUGGAAUUUACUACAACAGAAUCUGUUGCUAAGGAGGUGUUUUUGGCACUUUGCAAUGUUGAAAACUGUGUAAUGUGUGAAAUAUUAAAAAUAUAAAUACAGUGUAUUCUUAUGUGCUGGUAUAUUCUUAUAUGUAUAUGUGACCUCUUUUGACAAAUGUGAAAUGCAUCAAUUGCAUAAUGUACAGUAAGUGAGGUACAAUGUGAAAUCCAAUAAUGUACCUAUCACAAGGCUUGAGGAGGAUAUUGUGAUGAAUUUAAACAAGUCUCAUGAAAAUGUUUGAAACCAACAGCAGUCCAGAACGGUUUCAUCAAUAUCAAACUGUAUGCAUUCCAACAAAUCCAUCUGUUUGAUAAACCCACACUUUAAAUGAAUAUUCGGUUUUAAUAUAAUAUGAAGAUUCAGUACUGGGUAUUUUCAUUUCCCUGUUAAGCAUCUGAAGUAGUGUCCUAUCUGCUGAUCAGAUGUUUAUGCGGGAUUCAGCUUUAUACAACCACCUUUGUCCUUUGUGUUCAUAAAAGUAAUCUUAAACAUAUGUAUAGGUACUUCUUAUCUUACAGGGUGCUUUCUGUUCUAUCUUACUCAUGUCGAUAGCGUGGAAAAAAAAACAGAGGUUAAGAUCUUUGUAGAUGUCAAAAGUACUCAGGGUGGGGUAGCUUCGUUUAUUACAUUAUCUGAAUAUUAUCCAAAUUGUCACCGCUCUGAUAUAUAAUACUGGACUGUGCUUGUGUUUUGUAUUAUUAAACGUUUGUCUGGUGA